CCCGGGGCCGCCCCGCCCGCCCCCGCGGCCCCCGCCGCGCGCACCAGUCGGGGGCCGCCAAGGCAGCACCCGAGCCAUGGCCGCGCGGCCAGUGCGCCCGCGGGAGCCCCGCGGAGAAGCCUGGCUGCGCCCAGCGGCCCGGAGCUAAAGGGCGCGCCGGCGCACGCCUGGCGCGGCAUGGCGCAGACGGGGCCGUUGCCCUCGGAGAGGCGCCGCCCGGCCGCUGGCCAGGCUGCUCGGCAGCGCUGGUCGCCCGGCGAGGCGGAGCCCUGCAGGCCGCCGAACCCACUUGUGGUCAUCGACGCCCUGUCGCGCAUGCGCCUCUUCGCGGGCUGCGCCGAGGACCACAUAGACAUGGUUGCGCAGAAGGCGGAGCGCAGGGUGCUGAAGCCGGGCGAGGAGCUGCACCUGGAGGACGGGGGCCCGCUGGUCAUCGUGGAGAGCGGCGCGGUCUCCGUCCGCGUGGGUGGCGGGGGCAGCUCCUCGGUGGUGUUCGGAGCGGGGGAGGCUCUCAACUUUGUGGGCCUACUGAUGCUCAACUCCGAGGUGGAGCCUUUUCGGCCGAUCAACCGUGGCAAGGGCGGCGCGCGCCCCGGUCCCGUCAAGGACGCCGGCGCGCUGGGCACUGGCGCUCGCAGGCCCGAGGCCACGAGCAGCAUCGGGCGGGGCGCCUACCACCCCUACCCGGUGCAGAACGCGCCGUUCCUGUUCCAAGACUCCCGCCGGCGCAAGCGGGAGGCGAAGAUGCUGUCCUCCCUUGCGCGGGGCGAGGUCUCCCCGGACGACGCGCUCUGCUUCUACAACCUUUGCCCGAACGCCUCCGCGAGGGCUGCGCCGCCGCCUCUCAGUGGCUGGCUGCCCGUCACCGUCGCGGGCGCCCCGGGGGGCGCCGUGCCGCUGUGCCGCAGGCCCAGUGCCAAGGGGGGUCACCACCAGUCGAGUAG